CGGAGGAGGGCGGCGCGGCCGGGCUGGGCGAGCUCCGCUCCUGGUGGGAAGUCCCGGCCAUCGCGCACUUCUGCUCGCUCUUUCGCACGGCGUUCCGCCUGCCCGACUUUGAGAUUGAGGAGUUAGAGGCAGCUCUUCACAGAGAUGACUCGGAGUUUAUCAGUGAUCUGAUUGCCUGCCUGCUUCAGGGCUGCUAUCAGCGAAGGGAUAUCACGCCUCAGACAUUCCACAGCUACCUGGAAGAUAUCAUUAACUAUCGUUGGGAGCUUGAAGAAGGAAAGCCCAACCCUCUGAAAGAAGCCAGUUUUCAAGACCUUCCCCUGCGCACUCGGGUAGAGAUCCUCCAUCGCCUCUGUGAUUACCGGCUAGAUGCAGAUGAUGUCUUUGAUCUUCUCAAGGGUCUGGAUGCGGAUAGUCUCCGAGUGGAGCCUUUGGGUGAAGACAAUUCAGGUGCACUCUACUGGUACUUCUAUGGGACACGGAUGUACAAAGAAGACCCAGUACAAGGAAGGUCCAAUGGAGAACUCUCCUUGAGCAGGGAAAGUGAAAGACAAAAAAAUGUCUCGAAUGUUCCUGGAAAAACAGGCAAAAGAAGAGGAAGACCUCCAAAACGGAAAAAAGUACAAGAGGAAAUUAUAUCAAGUGAAAAGCAGGAAGAAAACGCCUUGGCAUCUGACCUACUGACAAGAAAUGGGUCCCGAGGGCCAGGCCAAGGUACCUGGUGGCUCCUCUGUCAAACAGAAGAAGAAUGGAGACAGGUCACUGAGAGCUUCCGAGAGAGGACCUCUCUUCGAGAGCGGCAACUCUACAAGCUCCUCAGCGAGGACUUCCUGCCUGAAAUCUGCAACAUGAUUGCCCAGAAGGGAAAACGUCCACAACGCACAAAGCCAGAGUUGCAACAUAGGUUUAUGUCUGACCACCUGUCCAUCAAAUCCAUCAAGCUAGAGGAGACUCCCAUGCUCACCAAGAUAGAAAAACAGAAGCGCAAGGAGGAAGAGGAAGAACGGCAGCUCCUACUGGCAGUGCAGAAGAAGGAGCAAGAGCAGAUGUUGAAAGAGGAGAGAAAGCGGGAAUUGGAGGAAAAGGUCAAGGCAGUGGAAGAUCGAGCUAAGAGAAGAAAGCUCAGGGAAGAGCGGGCAUGGCUGUUGGCUCAAGGCAAGGAGCUACCCCCAGAACUUUCCCAUUUGGACCCGAAUUCUCCUAUGAGGGAAGAGAAGAAGACCAAGGACCUCUUUGAGCUGGACGACGAUUUCACUGCCAUGUAUAAAGUUCUAGAUGUGGUAAAGGCUCACAAGGAUUCCUGGCCUUUCUUGGAACCUGUGGAUGAAUCUUAUGCCCCAAACUAUUACCAGAUUAUUAAGAUCCCCAUGGAUAUUUCAAGCAUGGAGAAGAAAUUAAAUGCAGGUUUAUAUUGUACCAAGGAGGAAUUUGUAAAUGACAUGAAGACCAUGUUCAGGAAUUGUCGAAAAUACAAUGGGGACAGUAGUGAGUAUACCAAGAUGUCUGAUAAUUUGGAGCGGUGUUUCCAUCGGGCCAUGACAAAGCAUUUCCCUGGUGAAGAUGGAGACACGGAUGAGGAAUUUUGGGUCAGAGAGGAUGAAAAACGGGAAAAAAGAAGGAGUCGAGCUAGUCGAAGUAGUGGAAGCCAUGUUUGGACCCGCUCUAGAGACUCAGAAGGGCCCAGCAGGAAACAACCACCGGUGGAGAAUGGAGGAAAAUCAUUGCCCCCUGCACGCCGAGCUGCCUCCUCAAGGGAUGGUCAGAGCAGCAGCUCUGUACAGCUCCCUCCAGAGGUGGGCACAUCAAAUGUCCAAGGCUUUUCCCGCCCCCCACACUGUGGCAGGGUGCCUAGUCAGGCACCCCCUUUAAACCAGAUGCAGACAGCAGCACCAGGAACAUUUGGCUCUCUUCAAGGAUCAGAUUCCACCAACUUAUAUGGCUCCUCUCGAGUCCCAGAGGUACCCCCAGGAGAUGCCUUGCAGCACCCACCCUUUGCUGUACAGCCUCCCAUUGGAAUAAGUAACCACCGUGGAACCCGACUCAGUGCUUCUAAAGAGAAGAUGUGUGGGGGCCUGACUCACCUUUCCAGUAUGGGAUCACAUCCCCCCUCCUUGCAGCUUGGGCAGAUGAAUUGUCCCAGUCAAGAUGGAAACAUAUAUCCACCAGCUCCAUUCCAGGCAGGAUUUAUUCCUUCUAGGCAUGGUGGAACGUCAGCCCGACCCCCAGACUUCCCUGAAAGCUCAGAAAUUCCUCCUGGUCAUAUUUAUCAUUCAUAUAAGUACCUGAAUCGAGUACACCCUGCUGUUUGGAAUGGGAACCAUGGUGUUACAAACUCAGGACGUUUGGGGUCAGAUGAGAAGCCUCACCUGGGGCCAGGACCCUCUCACCACCCUCAUACCCUUGGUCAUGUGAUGAGACCACCUAUCCCAUCAAACCAGUGGACUAAACAGUCAAGCUUUCUACCUCAUGGAGUUCCUUCCUCGGGGUAUAUGCAACCACCCUGUAAGUCUGCUGGACAUCGGUUGCAGCCACCUCCAGCUCCAGCACCAAGUCCUCUGUUCGGGGGACCCUCCCAGGCCCUCCGGGGGGUACAAGGAGGGGAAUCCAUGAUGGACAGCCCUGAAAUGAUCGCCAUGCAACAGCUCUCCUCCCGAGUCUGUCCCCCAGGUGUGCCUUACCACCCCCGCCAGCCCACUCCUCCUCAGUUACCUGGUCCCUUUUCACAGGUAACUCAUUCAGCAUCCGUAUGCUUGUCAGCCCCCAAGUCUACUUUAGACAAUCCUGGAAGUACACAGGAUAUCAGUGAAACACAAGAGACUGAGAAUGACCAAGCAGAACCUUUGCCUGGGCCCGAAGAGAAAACAGCAAAUGCUUGUGCUUCAGAGGGGGUAUACCUCAAACAGCUACCUCACCUGACACCUCCCCUGCAAGCCAAUUGUACCAGGCAAAGCUCACCACAAGAAAGAGAAACAGAGGGCCCAGAACUCAAAAGUGAUGCUUCAGAAACUGCAGACAACUAUAAAGCAUCAAAGAGCAAGAACACAUGGCCUUUGGACAAUAGCUACACCAGCCCAACUGUGCAAGGUUGUUUGAGAGACCUCUCCAUCGUGGCAGACAGAGGAACUCUACCCGAAAAUGGGGUUGUUGAUGAAGCAUCUCCUUGUAGGUCAGAGGGGAAGGGCCUUGGUGGCAGUAGUUCAGAAAAACCACUCUGCCCCAGGGGUAAAACACUGCAGGAAACCAUGCCAUGUACAGGACAGAAUGCAACUACACCUCCUUGCACAGAUCCCAAUUUGAUGACAGGCAGUGUAAAUCAGUUUUCCCCCUUGUACAUGCCUGGCCUAGAAUACUCUAAUUCAGCUGCACAUUACCAUAUGAAUCCAGGUCUGCAAGGCUUGGGCUCUAUGAUGGGAGGAAAGUCCCCAGGAUCACACCCUCAGCCCUUCUCUCCCAGGGGCUUCCAGCCUAACAGUCCCCAUCCUGGACUCUUUCCCCAAUACCGCCCCCAGCAGGGAAUGAGGUAUGCCUACCAGCAGUCUUCUCAGCCCUCCUACCACCCUUAUCAGCGGACUCCUUACUACACAGGUCCACAGGGCUUUCCUGAUUGGCAGAGAUCUCUUCCUUCCCAGAGAAGCCCAAGUGGACCCCAAGGGAGUCACCCUCCACGCCCCCUCUUCUCGGAUAAGAAUGCCUUGUCUACUACUCUGCAAAGCUGUGAGACACUAAAUGCUGCCUUAACUUCUCCAACUCAAAUGGAUGCAGUGGCUGCUAAGGUUGUCCUGUCCGAUGGACAGAAUCCUGGUCCAGAGGAAGAAAAGCUGGAUGAAUCUGUGGAGAGACCAGAGAGUCCCAAAGAAUUUCUAGAUCUGGACAACCAUAAUGCAGCUACCAAGCGGCAGAGCUCACUGUCUACCAAUGAGUAUCUUUAUGGAACUCCACCUCUGAAUUCAGGAAUGACUUUUGGUUCACCUGCUUUCCCACCCCACAGUGUGAUGCUGCAGACAGGGUCUCCGUACACUCCUCAGCGUCCUGCCAGUCAUUUCCAGUCCAGGGCAUACCCAUCCCCUGUGGCUGCCCAUCCACCUCCCCAUUCGGUGGCCACCCAGCCCAAUGGCCUUUCUUCAGAGGGCCCCCUCUAUCGCUGUCAGGAAGAGGGCUUAGGUCACUUUCAGUCUACAGUGAUGGAGCAGACUGGCACUGGAAGCGGAAUAAGAGGCCCUUUCCAAGAAAUGCACAGACCAUCGGGAAUGCACAUGCAUCCAGUCCAGUCACAGUCCUUAUUCCCAAAGACCCCGGCACCUGCAGCGUCACCGGAACAGCUGCCACCACAUAAGCCCCCAACACUUCCUCUGGAUCAGAGCUAGUCCAAGGAGGAAAUGAUCCCCAAGGAAAUGGACAGCUGCACAUGAAGACAUACAGGUCUUGGAGGAUUUGGAGGAAUGAUUGUUGUACACCUCUGUUCUGCCGUCCUCCUCCACCUGUUCUGUGAAACAUACCAUCCUCAGAGCUUGAACUCCCGGGCUUUAGAUACACACUUUGUAAAUGACUGACACAGGGCCCUUGGCUGGGAUCACCUGCAUAGUUGACGUACUUAGCAAGAGCAAGUGUACUUGGAGUCCUUGCUGGCUUCUCCAAAUCUCAAGACUCUUGUUCAGGGAAAAUCACUUUAAACUUGGGUGGAGGGUACAUGUAAGGAUGCAGUGGUGCUUUUAAAUAUUCAUGAGCAGCUAAUCUCAGGUAUAUAUUUGGGGAAGGGACUACUUGUAGUAUUAAUGUUUUUGAGCUGGGGCCAGUUUACAGAAUUUUCUUGUUGCCUCCUUUUUUUUUUUUUUUUUUUCCGGGUGAAUGUAUUGUAUAUAGAGUGGGACAGUCAGGUGGGCACAUGGAGGAGCUGGGAGUCCUUCCCCCGCUAUAGCACACAGUACUGGAGUAGUCUCUGUCUAUGUAUAGUAAGGUCACACUGUAUGCUUGUGGAACUUGGAAAAGAUCUGAAAGGUGUCAGCUUAUGUAUGUCACUACCUUGUUUCCAGCCAGCCUCAGAGACUGCUUACUGCAUUUGUCCUCCUUAGCAUUCUUUUCUCAGUGGUUAGCAGGUACUGUCUUGUGGCCUACUGGGUGUUUCAGCCAGAGGACAGACUGCUCUCCCUCUGGCCCAAGUUCUGGAUCUGGGAAAGCAUGUCUCUUCCUGAUUUUCCCACCAACCCCACCAGAUAGUUGUAAACCAGGAACUUGGGCUCUCCAGUUAUUACAAGAUGAAGUGGCUUCUUCAUGGGCCUCUUAGGCCAGUGGUCUAGAAGGUAUCACAGGCUUUCUAGCACAAACUGUGUUUUGUGAAAGUGACUACUCAGGUUUGUUAUAUAUGUUAGUCUCAAUAAAGAUAUUGCACAGGUUUGAAUAAGGAAAGUAUAUCCUAUAGAUUUAAAUUUGAAUUUAGGUCUAUUUCAGUAUGUAUAGUUUUUAUUCAUUUUAAGAGAAUCGUAGUACUAUGACUUGAUCAUGUUGAUUUAAAGUAGCUGUCAAGGGCUAGUUCUUGGAAAUUAUUUGUUGUGUCUGUGAUAGGAAACAAUUUUACAGUAUUAAAUUACGUUACAAUGGAUUUAGAAGUGAAUUACACUGGAUUCUCUCUGCUUUAGCCUUCUGUAUUUUAUUUUAGCUGAGAUAUCACCAAAGUUAGGACCUAUGUUUAAAAUUUUGAAUACCCCACACAGAAUAAACCAAGGGAAAUGCCCUGGAGUUGCAAGUCUCUUUAAAAGAAUAUAAUUUUACAGUAUGCUUUGGGGUAUGGAGAUCUCUAUAUUUUAUAAAUAUUAAUCUGCCCAGAUUCUUAGAAGUUUAGGUGUGGGUGGGGUUAAUGGAAGAUUUUUCUCAAGUCCCAGCAUUCCCAGUAAAUGUAGAAUAGUCUGCCAAAUAUGUGAGGAGGGAAGGGAAGGAAAUUGGAAACAUCCAAAUUAUAGAGAUGAUUGGACCCUUGAACGUUGCUGAUAGACGUACUGGUUACUAACCUGCUGGUGGUGCUGACCCACACAGUGUCUCCAAGUACAGCACAUGCAUACAUGCAGUUUUCUUUCCAACAAGCUUGUUGUAGUUGGUGUUUUACAGUCAGUGAUUCAGAGGCCCAACACCUACACGCUUGAGUUCAAAAUUAGAAGAGUAAAGAAAUCAGAUUCGUUGGGUGGCUCUGGUCUGCUUUUGAGCUAAUAAGAGCCAGCUUGGUCCUACUGCUGCUUCUGUGUCUGCCACUACAGCAGAGGCCUGAAACUUCUUCACUGGGAAUGCUGCAACCAUCAGACCUCUUUCAAGGUGCUAAAACUAGAGGUCACUAAGCUGAGUGCAUCCUCACCUCUUCUUCAUGUUUCUAAAGCAAUGCUGUGAACAAUAUUGGGGAGCAAGGAAUUGGUGAGUUCCUUUAUCCCUUGGUUUAUUAAGAAAUUAAAUAGAAGAUGGAACUACUGUAUUUAUUAAGUUCUAACACUGUGAGAAGAGCCUGUUGUGUCCUCUGUGGGAAUUUGGUAGUUUCUAGUCCUAUAAGUUCCCAACUUUUAUUGGUCUUUAAAUGCUAGGUACCUUGGAGCAGCCAGAACAAUACAAUGCUGCUCUUGUGUGAGCCCAUCACCCUCACCCACUUGAGCCGGACAAGAGCUUUUGUUUUCACUUUUCUUCCAGCUCUUCUCUCCUAGGUGUAUUCAGCAGAUGCUAAUAAUCUCAUUUAGAGUCUUCGGUGGGAAAUGCUGAUUCUGCAAGAUGUAAUAAUUAGAAAGUAGUGUGCAAGGGUGUCUUAAAAGGUCCACUCUCGGCCUAGGACUUGUAUCUGUUGGUUACUGUGACCUUGUCAGUAUGCUAACUCUAGUCCCCAGGAGGACAUCGCUGUGCAUAAUUGGAAGCAUUCUUUGACUUAGUGUUAGACUUAAACCUUUAUCAGAUUUAUUCAUAACUUAGAAACCUUAGGAUCUAAAAGAAAGAAAAAAUUCAGAAAGAAAAGUAGAGCCUUUUAGAAGGUUUAUGGGUAGAUAUGUCUCCCCCAACCGCAGCCCUGCGGGAUUUUUUUGUUUGUUUCUUUACUAAUGUACUAUAAUAACUGGUCUGUUACACUUGAAAAGUUAAUCUACCAAGUUAGCAUAGUUCUGGGCUAAUGUUGUGUCUAUAAGAUACAAGGUAGUCACCGUUACUCUAUCUUCAUUCACCAGGAGCCUUAACUAGAGCAGCAGCGUUACUCCAGUUCUCUACAGUCUUCUGAUAUUUCCCAAUAUCAGACAUUUUCAGAUUUUCAGACAUGCAUUCUUUCAUAUUCUCUGUUAGUUUUAGCAAUCUGUUUUUCCAAAGACCUACAUGUGUAGGUACAUCAACUCUAAAAGACACUUUAAGCUAUUUCUCCCUUUUCUUCUUUCUUCAGUUGAGGUUAGUACAACUAGUUGGUAUUCCACCUGGACAGCCCGUAACUCAUCCAUGGCUUCACUGAGGCUCUCGUCCACCACCCUCUUCUUCAGCAUCCUCACACUUUUGCUCUGUCUUUAUGAUGUUCAGUUGUUCUAAAGCAUCCUCCAAACUAAUCUUUGUAUUUAGAGCUUUGUUAAUUUCUUUGGUUUUAUUCAAGAGUUCUUGGAGAGGUACUUACACUUGAUCCCUGUAUUUGACAAGGCAUUUGACACCAGCUUCAGGAUUAAAUUUAAUUUUCAAAGUCAUAACCUUUGGAAUUCUCAGCUUCUUUGGGAAUAAGCUUUAAUUUUCUAGCCAGCUUGUGUGGUAUUCGGCCAACUGUACUUCAAUUGUUUCUUUGCCUCUGGCAUAUUGUUAUUCCUUGAUCCAUAUUUGUCGUUGUUUAGCCUUUGGGUCUUUAGAUAAUUUAUUACUGGUCUGCUACAGUUCAUUUUUUUCGUGUUUUAUUUUCUCAGUGUCUGCAACUGAGGAGUACUUUUGGUUAUCAGCAAUAUUCUGUAGUCGAGCAUUCUCCUUUCUUACUGUUUCCCAUUCUAGUUCUAGUCUACCAAUUUCUUCAUCAGGACCAGUCAAUUUCUGGUCUAGACUGGAUGGAUUAAGCUCAGAUCUGUUCAUGUAUGCUUUAUAUUUGAGCAUCUACUUGCAAGGAAGUUUUCCGUUUCCUCAGUGAUGUCAGACGAUUUGGUUCUUUAGCUCUUUCUUACUCCAGUCUUGCAAUCAGUUCAUUUAGGCUUUGUUUUCUGCUGCUAAUGAAACCAGCUUGGACACAUCUGCAGCUCCGACUGCAGCUCUGCGUUCUUCUCUUCAAAGCUGUCACCACCAACCAUAAAAGUUCAUAGCAUAUGAUGGUGUAGUCCAAAAACAACUUGAUGCAGUCUAUUAGCCACACCGAGGCUGCCACGAUGUGAGGUCAGGUAUGAGGGUCUCCCAUCAUAUACAUGGAAGAAACUUUUACCAAAUAUUGAGACUUUUCUUUGAGAUGUAGGUUUGUUUGUACUCUGGUUUCCAAAGGUUGUUCUCUUUUUGGUUUGAGGGGUAUUGAAGUCCAGGGAUCUUAGCUCCCAUUAUAGAGACAUAGCAAGCACCACUAGUGAAAACUGAACUGCGCUUCAUGCUGAUAACAGCUUCAGAGAUUCAGUACAUUAUCAUGACAGAGAGCUUGGCAGCAGACAGGAGGGCGUGGUGCUGCAGUAGCUGCUGGGAGCCCUACAUCUUGCAGGCAACAAGAAGUUAACUAACCUGUUUCUUUGAAAAAAAAAAUAUCAGGAACUCUUGACUAAAAAGUGUGGAGAUUAGGACUAAAUAUGCAGGGUUCUAAUUCUUGUAACUUUCCAUCUCAUUUUAAAGAGACAACCACUCUGCCUUCUGAGUCAGAUUGGUUUUUGGUCAACUGGUAGCACACCUGACUGUGAACUGCACUUCAGUUCACGCUGAGCCCAGGCCCCAGGCCAGCUGCUCUCAAAAGAUGAACCUCAUGCUAGUGCUUAUAUGAAACUGUCUAUGGAAAACUUUAAGACCUGUAGUCUCCACCCCUCGGCUCAAUAGGAUUGCAACUUUAAAUGUCAAUUUCUCUAGCCUUCCUCUUGACUGCCCAGUUGGUGUUAUUGUCCAAUGGCAUUUGUUUGCUGUAUGGUUGUGUGUGUUAACGUCUCCUGGCAUCAAAAAGUAUGCAUAUUAAAUGCAGCCUUAAAUACACAGAUAAUCCCAAUAUAUUCUCACCAUGUUUUCCACCAACAAGACUUCAAGCCAUAGCACUUGGUCAAACUUUUUCUUUUAAUGAAUGUUCAAAUUUAUAAAUGAUAUGCUGCUCUGAAGCCCUAAUUUGGGGGAGUGGGGAUGUAGGUCUGUGGUAGAGCACUUGCCUAGCAUGUGCAGGACCAUAUGUUCAAUCCCCAGAACUACAAAAUAAAACAAACCUAAUGCAGGUCUGAUGGCAUGUAUCUGUAAUCCCAACUAUUGAAAGGCUGGGGCAGGAGGAUCACAAGUUCAAGCCUAGGCAACUUAAUAUGAUGCUGUCUCAGAAGUGAAAAAGUGGGUUGGGAUAUAGCUCAAUGUUAGAGUUCCUGUGCAGCAUGCACGAGGCCCUAUCUUGAGUCCCUAAUAACACACACACAUUGAAAUUCCAUGGGAAGGCAAAGUCCUAGACAAGUGUCAAUAUCCUCAGUGUUUCAGAUAACCUUAUUUGGUCUUGUAGAAUUCGUUACUUCUUGGCCCGAUUCCCUGUAUACCUAUAUAUACCUGUUGUGAAGUUUCCUUCUCUGUAUCAGUGAGUGUCCAGUUCUGAGGGUUUCUGGAAUGUGGGUGCUCUUGUCAACAACUAUGGCAAAGAUACUUGACGGUUGGGUGCACCAUGCAGCGGCAUUUCUCCCAUGAAUUUACAACACUGAUUUAGUACAGAUGUGAGCCAAGUGUGGCAGGCAGAAAAGAGAAUGAAAGGCCUGCUUGGUCUAGCUCCAGGCCUUUCAUAUAUCACACAUACACACCCUAAAGUACAGAUGUGAUAGGCGUGAUUGAGACUUGGUGAGAAGGCCUUAGCCUCAGGACCUGAGGUAGACCCUUCCUGAUGAGAAGAUGGGCUGCGUCCCACACUCACAGACUGACACCAGCUUUGCUCUUGAUCUCUCUCUGCCUGUUAGUUAAACAUAACUUGGGUGAGGUAGGACAUUGAGCCUUCUACUGUCUAGACUUCAGUUGGCUGCUCUCAUCUCCCCUUGGGGUUCAGUGAGGACAGCUAUAUUGAGUAAUUUAUUGAAAUGCUUCCUCACUCCACCUCAUUCUGUAACCUCUUGGUCCCUUCAUUUUCUAAGCAGGGACUACUUCUCACUUGACUUGUAGACAGCUCCUGGGGGCCCCCAGCCAUGCUCCUCCAGCCUGCACACAGUAUAAGACAUUCAUGUGCUGUGAAAGUGAAUGCCCUAUGAACUGUCCUGGCCAGUACUGGAAAGGGAAUGGUAUUUAUUUUUAUAUUGUAUAUAUUUUGUCAUGGUCUGCUGGUUUCCUGUUUCAUUGAGAGCGACAAUUACCUCAGUAGUUAGUUUGAUAUUGUGUGUCGGAUAAUUUUUUGAAAGAACUUUUUAAAAAAGCUUUUUUGAUCUUUGGAGAUCUGUAGAUUUAUUUCCAUAUGAACUGGUUAUUUUGUAUAUAAAGUACAUUGUUAAAUUAGGCUUUGAUGUGUGUGUGCCUGGUAUGUUUUCAUGUGUCACUUUUAUCCUUAGGGCAGACUGCUGUUUUCCCAGCAGUUUUUGAGCUAGGCCACAGUGCUACCACCUGAAAGCAUCCACUUUAAUCUCAAUUAGAUGCCAAGAGUUUUCACAGUGAUGCAACCUUAGAUGCAGUCUAAGUGCUUAGACAGUAAUAAAACUGGCCUCAGUCUUAGGCGUGGC